UGAAAGAUGAGAACUAGGAUGAAACUUUGAAAAUAGUAGCUACUGAUCACUCAGAAUUAAUUUCAUAAACCCCACACCUAACCUUUGAGAGAUUGGACUAGGAUGAAACUAUGAAAGUAGUGGAUACUCUGGGUGUCACAUACAUGUGGAAAUCUUUUUGAGUUCCUUCCACUAGUGGCAGACUUUUAUUGCCACUUCAUUGGUACUUAAAUGGAUUGAAUAAGAAGAAGAAAAUGAAGAAAGAAGAAGAAGCAUUUUAGAGGGUUGAAGGCUUUCCACCAAGUGAAACCAAAACAAGAGUUCUUAGUGAGAAUUUAGUUGGAAAGAAAAAGCCCAAAGAAGAAUAUAGAAUUCUAUAUUUGGGUUUUUCAGGGGAACUUCAAACUAAGCCAUGAUGAAGACAGAAGAAUCAGAAGAGAAGAAAGAGAUUGAGAGAUGGGAUUCAGCGGAAGAGCAGCUAGAGGAAGCAGGAGGGGAAGAAGAGGAGUGGAAGAGAAUCCCACCAUGGAAUAAGCAGAUAACAGCACGUGGGCUAAUAGCAAGCUUGUUGAUAGGAUCUCUCUACAGCAUCAUAUCAAUGAAGCUUGUCCUCUCCACAGGUCUGGUUCCAAACCUCAAUGUUUCUGCAGCUCUUUUGGCCUUUAUAUCAGUCAGGGGAUGGACGAAGAUGCUUCACAAGGGUGGAUUUGUCUCUACUCCCUUUACACGCCAAGAGAAUACUAUUAUCCAGACCUGUGCAGUUUCUUGUUAUACCAUGUCUAUGGCAGGUGGGUUUGGCUCAUACUUGUUGGGAUUGAACAAGAAGACAUACGAACUUGCAGGGGUUAAUACAGAAGGUAACACUCAGGGAAGCUACAAGGAACCCGCCAUUGGAUGGAUUACUGGUUAUCUUUUUGUUUCUUCCUUCAUUGGUGUCUUCGCCUUGGUUCCUCUUAGAAAGACCAUGAUAAUCGACUACAAAUUAACUUAUCCUAGCGGCACAGCAACUGCAGUUCUUAUUAAUGGUUUUCAUACUCCGACGGGUGAUAAGAUUGCCAAGGAACAAGUCCGUGGGUUCUUAAAGUUUUUUUCAAUCAGUUUCAUUUGGGGUUUCUUUCAAUGGUUUUACUCCGGAGGAGGAGAGCAAAAAUGUGGAUUUUUACAGUUCCCCACUUUUGGGUUGCAAGCUUGGAAGCAAACAUUCUACUUCAAUUUCGACAUGACUUAUGUUGGAGCAGGAAUGAUUUGUUCUCAUCUUGUGAAUUUGUCUAUGCUUCUGGGGGCUGUGCUUUCAUGGGGCAUAAUGUGGCCAUUGAUGAGUAGACUUAAAGGAGAUUGGUAUCCUGAAACUAUACCUGAAACUAGUAUGAAGAGUCUGGACGGCUACAAGGUUUUCAUUGCAAUGGCUCUUAUAUUAGGAGAUGGGCUCUACAACUUUAUCAAGAUAAUGUAUACUAUCGGUAGAAACAUUUGUGCGGGAUUGAAUAAGAAGAAACUUGAUGGAGAACAUGAGAAUCAAGGGGUUGAUAUUCGAAAGAACGAAUUCUUCAUGAGAGAGAAGAUUCCAGUAUGGCUAUCAUGUGCAGGAUACAUCUUCUUCUCUAUUGUUUCUGUCAUUGUGAUCCCGAUGAUGUUCCCCCAACUGAAGUGGUAUUUCGUCGUUGUGGCCUAUGUUAUUGCUCCAUCUUUAUGCUUCUGCAACGCUUAUGGCACUGGUCUAACAGACAUGAACAUGUCUUACAACUAUGGAAAAGUAGCCCUCUUUGUGAUUGCUUCAUUAGUAGGGAAAGACUCCGGCGCAGUUGCUGCACUUGUUGGAUGUGGUUUGAUCAAAGCUGUGGCCCAGACCUCUGCUGAUUUAAUGCAUGAUUUUAAAACAGGACAUCUCACUCUCACAUCCCCUCGAUCGAUGAUACUGAGUCAGCUUAUUGGAACAGCCAUAGGCUGCAUUGUAGGUCCUCUUUCAUUCUUUCUCUACUACAAGACCUUCGAUAUCGGCAACCCAAAUGGAGAAUUCAAAGCUCCAUUUGCACUAAUUUACAGGAACAUGGCAAUCCUGGGUGUCCAAGGCUUCUCUGCAUUGCCCCAACAUUGUUUGCAGCUAUGUUAUGGCUUCUUUGCCUUUGCAGUAGGGGCCAACAUUGUUAGGGACCUUUCCCCACCCAAGAUUGGUAAAUUGGUGCCAAUACCAAUGGCCAUGGCGGCGCCUUUUAUCAUCGGAGCCUACUUUGCGAUUGAUAUGUGCGUUGGGAGCUUGGUUGUGUAUGUGUGGCAUAAGACCAACAAUAAGAAGGCUAGUAUUCUGGUUCCAGCAGUUGCAUCAGGCUUGUUAUGCGGGGAUGGGCUAUGGAUCCUCCCUUCAGCCCUACUUGCUUUGGCAAAGGUUAAUCCUCCUAUGUGUAUGGCAUUCUUGCCUUUCCCAAAGUGAUUUUUUUUUUUUGCUAAAGAUCAGAAAAGAAUAUAUUACAAAUAAAAGGAAGAAAGAUGGUAGCUAGGUAUGAGAUUCUGAGUCUGUUAUAUAUAAUACUGCAGAACACUAUUGUUGUAUCAAGCUAAGUGAUAUUGAUCAGAAACUGAUUGUGAAUGGGCUCAUGUUUAUGGAUUGCCAACCCACACUGAGCUUCAUUGCUAAUUUUCUUUGAA